UUGACCUUUGACCUCACGCAUUUUGUUGCUAGAAAACAAUUUUGGUUGCGGUUCUUCGGAUUGUUGGCAUAUUCCGAUACAAAUUUACCCCAAAUUGUCGAUUUUUGGUCGACAAUAUCUGUAAAAUAUGGAUAUGGAAGGAACUCCAGAGCCGAUAGACUUUGAUUUCUUCGCCGAAGACGACGAAGAUGUCGUCAAAUCCGACCGGUAUGCUGGGCGACGGGAGAGUCCGUUGACGACGGGGAAAGCCAGGCCUGAAAGCGCCGGUAGCGUGCGGUCGGCCGUCAGUAGUCGCAGCAGUAUCAGUGUCAAGAUCCCGUCAGCUGGACCAACCGGUAACAGGGACAAUUAUUACUCUAAAAAGGGGUCGUAUUCAGAUUCAAGUGAUGAUGAAUACUUAGCUAAAGACAGACGACAUGAAAGUAGACACCCAGUGCAAACGAAUCUGAGUUCUUCAAGUUCAAGGAAUUGGGAAAAUGAUGAUAGAUGUUCAAGUGGAGAUGGGGACUUUAAGUCAAGGACUGCAUCAAAUAGACCCAAAACCUCCAAAGGGCCACGUUCUCAUUUUAGAAGACGGGACAGCUCAAGUUCGCAUGGCUCUAGUACGUCAAAGUCCAAUCGAAGUCGCACAAACAGUUCUUCGUCAAAGAGCGAGCACAGCGAUUCAUAUACCAGCGUUAGCGAUUCAGACAGUGACGUAACUGAUGUGUCACCCCUCCCUAGUCCAGCUCGAUCCCCAACGCCGACACUGGAGUAUGAUCAAGAUGAAUUUGAGGACAGCUUUGAAGAAAAUAGACUGCGACAGGCCAAAGCUGAAUCAAAAUCUAAGGGUGGGGAUGGGAAACACAAGAGAACAAGAUCAGGCAAGAAGGAAAGUGUACGUUUUGUAGGAGUCACACCGAGCAAUGGGUCUGUGUCCAAGCGUGAUAAGCAAAUGGAUGAAACCGAAGCACGUGAACUGAGUAGGCUUCUGAGAGCAGUUUUGGAAAUGGACGACACGCCAAAUCGCUCGCAGAUGCAUUCCUUUCACCGGCCUGUGACAGCGAAGCAAAGACCAACCUCUGCAAAGAAAGCACUGUCUGCCAACGUCACGCAACCCAUGCCUCAUCAACGUGUCAACCUGUCCUUCAGCAAUGACAAAGUCAAGCAGAUUGACCGCGAGAAUCAGCGAUUACUGCAGAAGAUUCUGCAAAGGCCCAAGUCUGUUGAUGUCUCUACUUAUGGGGCAUCGCAAUCAAGGAGGGCGGAUCCACCCAGAAUGAUGAGCCAUUCAGCCAUAUGCAGACAACGGGAGCAGAGAAAGAUUGAGAUGGAAAAUAGGAAAAUUCUGGAACGCAUCGAGACUGCUGGUGCCAGCUCGACAGUUCGUCGCGACAAACUGCUACAUGAGCACAACAAACAGAUGAAGUACGCAUCGCAGGUCUCCAAGGCAUCAAUGAGACCACAAAGCUCUAAACCAGCAAGCUAUGGUCAUUCCGGUAGUCUAGGCAAAGGAUCCAGUAUGGCCAGCCUCAACAGUGACCAUAGUGGAAUCUCCACGGUAUCAGGUGGAUCGAGGAGGAUGAGACCAAGUAGUGGGCGGAGCAAUCCACCCCCUCCUGGAGGACCCAAGCAAGCCUGGGAUGACCGCUGGUAAAAGGCAAGGUUCGAUCACGGACGGGUCAUAGUCCAUCACAAGUCGAGUCACAAGUCAGUCAUAAGUCAAGUCACAAAUCAAUCAUAAUUCAGAUCAGUUGUCAAUCAUAAGACAAAUUGCAAAUCAAGUUGCACGUCAAUCAUAGGUAGAGUCACAAGUCAAUCAUAACUUGGAUCACUAGUCAAUCAUAAGUCAAGUCACACGUCAAUCAUAAGUCGGAUCACAAACAAUCGCAAGUCAGAUCACUAGUAAUCAUAAGUCAAAUCAUAAGUCAGUCAUAUGUUGCAAUGGAUACCACAGUAAUUGUUGAAUUGCAAACCCUACUUUAUUAAAUAUCUUCAGCAUAAUCAUAUUUGCUGCAAAAUUUGACAGAAAUCCCUCCUUACUUGGAGAAAAAGGACUCAGAAAUGCACUUUUAUAAGUUUCAUGUUCCCUGUGUUCAAGCAAUUCAUCAGAUGCUUUAGUAUUUUCGUCAUGGGAACUGGGAUGGCUGUGACAGUUGCAGGCAAUCGAUCCGUCCUGAUAGUGUGGUCCAUCUUCUGUUGCUAUAGUAACAGGUCAAAUUGUACGUGGAUUAUGGCAUGUGAUGAACAGGGUUUUGGGAUUGCUUCCUGGUAAAGUAAGAAAUGAAACUUGAAAUGUGUAAUUAUGCUUAAAAUCUGCUUUAGCCAGCUCAUUUUUUUUCCUGUAGAAGACCACUGUGAAAAUUGCCCUAUUCUUCACUGUAUGAUUAAUAUGCCUGUAAAAUACUAAUUAAGACAAACACUAAUUAAGACAGUGUACUAAAUAACCAGAAAUGACUAAAGCUGGAAAUUCCCAUUGCGCAUUUUUAAUAAUACACUGUGCGUGGUAUAUGCUUCUUUACUAAAUAUGGCUAGCAAUUAUUUUCUACAUCGUUUAUUUGCAAAAAGCCAGCAUGGCCUUGUGGCAUGCAUGCACAGUACAUUGUAUAUUGACUAAACUACAUGUAGUGGCCGGCUAUUGAAAUUAUUGAAGUUUGGUUGACUGCUGUUGCUAUGACAACAGGAUGCUAUAGCCAGGGCUAAUUGUGUGGUUGACAAUGAAUUGUGCUCAUUGGGGAGUCUAUAGCUUAGAUACAUGUACAGUACAUGUACAUGGAUGUACAAGUACAUGUGUGGACGUGUUUUGUUAAGAAUACAAUAUUGUUCACUUCACAAACUAGGAUUGUGUUCACAUGCACAAACAACUUAGCAGAAUUCAAGAAGCUCAAAUUCUGAUAUUUUAAGUUAUGUAGAUUGGUUGUGAAAUAGGAAAUGUAAAUUGAGACUUACAUGGACAUGGACAUGGAGGUGUAUGAGCAGCAAGUUGAAAAAGAUUUGUUUUGAUCAGUGGGAAAUAUAUUUUUAAAUAAUAAAUAUUACAAAACUACAAUUACAUGUACAUGUUAUUAUUGAAUUUGUAAAUAGUCUGUGCAAUAAUUCAAGCAUUGUGCUUUGUGUGGGUUCCUUCUCUUUCAGCAGAAAAAA